GCCCACCCCGCCCCUGCGCGCAGGCGCGGCGGCGGCGGGCGGGCGACGGACGGACGGACGGGCCUCACGUCCGAGACAACAUGGCGGCAAACGGGGAAGCAUGAGUUAUCUCAUUCAAAGGCAGCGAAAAUGGCUAGUGACAAUUUAAAGUGUAUCUUUGGGGAGUUCAGCCCUGAUGAAUUCAAUCAAUUCUUUGUAACAUCGCGCAGCUCUGUUGAGCUCCCCCCUUAUAAUGACAGAGUCUUGCAUGUCAGCCAUUCAACCGGCGGAGACCGGAAUGAUUCUGACACUGAAGAGAACGAGUCGGAGCAAGCUGAAUUGCGGGACAACGUUUACAAAGUCUCCAGUACGCUGAAUCCGCAGGCACCAGAAUUUAUACUGGGAUAUCAACCGGCACAGAAAUCCUUAGACAGCUUGCCUGAAGAAACUGCCUACAGCUCCAUUGACUGCCAGUUUGGAGAGGGUAAUCUUUCUCUGGAUAGUGGCAAUUGCCAGGGGAAUGAUGAUCUGGUCUACCGUGGGCAAGGCCAAAGGGAACGCAGGAACAAGAAGAAAAGACCCCCUGGUUAUUACAACUAUCAAGAAGGUGCGAGUGAUGCCGGUGGCCCUUCUGAGACUUUGGGCCUUGUUAAUGGACAUGUACUGAAUUCAGGGCUGAACACUAUCAGCCCAGAGGAGGUUGAAUUAAUCAGUGAGAAGGAGAUUUCUGAAUCUCCAGGAGCUGUUUCUUCAAAGGCUAUUCAGAGGACUUGUGAAAGCCCUGAGAAUAAUGCGGACUUCAUUAGUGGAGCCUUAUGUAAUGACACUGUCUCCAGUGCAGUAGAUGAAGCCAGGACUGCUGAGCAGCCUGGACUUGAGCUUGAUGCCAACACUGAGAUUAACAAUAAUGAGGCUAACGCUGAGGUUAACUCCAUUGAACAGCCUGUUCUGCUCUCGGAGACUGGAAAGAGUAGCCCAGUAAGGACAGCUGUUGCACAGUCAUGUGCAGGCACAGAUAUUACCGUUGAUGGUAAAAUCGACAAUGGACAAACACUGGAAUCCUCUGGUGAUAGCAAUGCUGUGACACUUCCUAGUGCUGCUGAUGGGGAAGGAUUGCAUACUGAUGACAGUACAGAAUCUGAGCAGGACAAGCCUGAGGAUGUAUGUUCAACUGAGCCAGAGCAGACUGCCUUGGCUCCCUCUGCUGCUUCUGCUCCUUUGCCUGCCAAAUCAUGGGCUAGUCUCUUCCACAAUUCAAAGCCCUCUUCAACAGGACCUGUGGCCUAUGUUGAAGUGAAGUGUGUACCUACCAGUGUUCCUGUUCAGGCCCCUGAGAAACAGCCUGAAGCCAGAAUGGAUAUACCUGUCCCAGUGUCUGAGGAUGCUGCAGCUCCAAAGAUUGCAGAACUUUUGGAGAUUGUGAAACUGGUACAUAAACCAGUGUCUCUGCAACCGCGAGGUCUGAUCAACAAAGGCAACUGGUGCUACAUAAAUGCUACUCUGCAAGCUUUGGUUGCUUGCCCACCCAUGUUUCACCUGAUGAAGGCCAUUCCGAUAUUUAAUGAGACGCAGAGACCCCGCAGCUCUACGCCAAUGAUUGACAGCUUUGUUCGACUGAUGAAUGAAUUCAAUACAAUGCCCGUACCUUCCAAGGCAAAACCAGGCAUUGGCGAUAAAAUUGUUAAAGAUAUUCGCACUGGGAUUCCCUUCGAACCUAGCUACAUUUAUAGACUGCUGACGGUUAACAAGUCGAGUCUAUCUGAAAAGGGCCGACAAGAGGAUGCCGAGGAGUACCUUGGAUUUAUCCUAAACGGUCUUCAUGAAGAAAUGUUAUCUUUGAAAAAACUAAUUACUCCUCAGGAUGAAAAAAAUGCUGUUUUGAAUGGCCCUGAGCUACAACAAGGUACUGAGGAAAACCAGGAGGAGCAAGGGGAAGGUAGUGAAGAUGAAUGGGAACAAGUUGGCCCCCGAAAUAAAAUCUCUGUUACUCGCCAGGCUGACUUUAUCCGAACCCCCAUCACCGACGUCUUUGGUGGGCAUAUCAGGUCAGUAGUAUACCAGCAAAGUUCCAAGGAAUCUGCCACCCUCCAGCUGUUCUUCUCACUGCAGCUUGAUAUACAGUCCGAGAAGAUUCGUACAGUGCAGGAUGCUCUGGAAAGCUUGGUGGCUAGGGAGUCUGUCCAGGGAUACACCACUAAAACCAAGCAAGAGGUUGAGAUUUGUCGCCGUGUUACCUUGGAAGAGGUGCCUCCUGUUCUCGUUUUGCAUUUUAAACGCUUUGUUUAUGAAAAGACCGGAGGAUGCCAGAAACUGAUCAAAAAUAUUGAUUACCCCAUUGACCUUGAAAUAAGUAAAGAUCUCCUUUCUCCUGGCGUGAAAAGCAAGAUUUUCAAAGUCCAAAGAACCUAUAGGCUCUUUGCAGUUGUCUAUCACCACGGAAACAGUGCGACUGGCGGGCAUUACACUACAGAUGUCUUCCACAUUGGUCUUAAUGGAUGGUUGCGCAUCGAUGAUCAGCUAGUCAAAGUGAUAAAUCAGUACCAGGUUGUGAAGCCCUCUGCUGAACGUACAGCCUACCUCCUGUACUAUCGCCGGGUUGAUCUGCUGUGAACUGUCACUGCUGUGUCGUGCAGGCAUCUUGCUUCCUAGAGCACCAACUUGUCAUUUAAAUCCUUCCCUCUCUCACUGCAACUUUCCAAAUCCACUCUUGGUAACCUUGGAUUAGAAUUUAAAUGGAAAAAACCUGGAAACGUGCACCAGCAGCAAAUCUUGUAGAUUUUAUGUCUCUAUGUGACAUCUUUCAUAACCUUUAACUUCGAAACGAUCAGUUGCUAAUGUUUUUGCUUUUGAUAAUAGGUAACACUUGAGCCGAUGUUUUUGAGGGGGAAUGAAAAGUGUUCCUACGUGCUGAAUGCUUUGGUGUUUUGAUGAGGAAAAACUUGCGUGUGUGAUUGCUGGGUGUUGAGUAGCAAUAGGAUGCCAACAGUUUAAAAAUGCUUAAUGAAAAAGCUUAAAACUGCACGUUACAAAAAUAACCUGCAAACCCACAUUUUUUUUUUUUUGAGUUGAGAUGUUGAGUCUGCAUAGAUGGGUGAUUGUAACCUUAAUGCAGUUACUAAGACUUCUAAUUGCAAUUAUGCUUCUGUGUACACAAUUGAAACUUCAUAAAAAAAAAAGAUGAUUGAUAUAAUUCCAUUAACAGUUCAGUCCGGCUUUGUUUACUUUCCGUAGUUUUGCUCUUCUCUAAUUGUUGAAAUGGAACUGUACACAACAUAGUGAUAUUUAUAGAAAAAUUGAGGUUGUCGCCCAUCAGUCAAUAAAUUCAUGCAGGCUCUUCAAAUAAAUAGCUGUUUGGGGCUGAAUUGAAAUUGCCGUCAUAAUGGUGCAAAGAAACACUGAUUUCCAGCGAAGAGAGCAACCUAUUUCGGUUUGUCCUAUAUCGAUGCAAGAAAGUGGUAUAACUUUAAGACCCCUCUGUAGUUCUAGAAUUCCAAGGUAAGAAGUUACCCAUUCAGAAUCGUUCAACCGGCUUUGGUUUUAUUUGUUCUUUGUGCAACUUCUGCAGGGCUGUAACUUUAAAAAAAANCUUGCCUGUGAUCUUUCUUUCCUGUAGUUAGCAAAUGCAGUACUUUUUUUUUUUGCUUUUGUAACAUUCUUACAAAUUUGCAGUCAACUAACAACUCUUUCCACUUCUGUCACCCAAAAGUAUAUAAAAAAAAACAGUAAACAUAAUGCUCAUAAACAGUGGAAUCAGUUGCCUGUUUGGUUCAACAAAAUGUUACCACCUCGUUCACCAAUAACUACUAGUUACUUUCACAUCAAAAAAGAGAUCGCAUUAUUAUUGCCAUACUUUCCACAAGCUAACAGUUUGAAUGUAAAAUGCUACAGCAUUUUUAAUAGACUGGACUUUUACUGCCGUAAGAAAUUACACAUAUUGAGCCACUUAGAGGCUAAGGCAAAUACUUUUAACUAUUGGUUUUGAGAAUAGAGUUUUCUGUUGGGCUGGAGGGAGUUGGUUCUGGGGAUUGGUCGUUGAUUUUAAAACCUUUUUUCCAUAUUUGGUUUCCAGGGAUUGAUGGACAAGUGUCUGUUUUUGCUUUCAAAAAAAUCUGUUGAGUUCAUAUUAUUGAGAAAUUUCUUUUCCCAACUUUUUAUGUAUUGAGACGGUGGUUUCUCUAACUUGUGCAUUCCCUAAUAAAACUUUCCCCAGUACCUCGAAAUCCUUUCUUAAAUGACCAAACAUGGCUGACAUUUUAAUGUGAGAUAAUUUUCCGAGCUUUUUAAGAACUAUACAUACGUGGUAACUAAAUGAUUUGCUUCUAGAUUCUGUGAACUUGAACUUAUGAGUUAAUUUGUUGUCUUGCAGAAGAACUACAUUGAAUAAAAGUCUAUUACUAUG